AUGUCGAGUGACGGAGACGCCAACAGCAGCAGCAGCAACAACAACAACGCCAACAACGUGAACCUGCAGAUGCAGCUCCAGCUCCAGAACCAGCGCGCGCAGAUGCAGCAGCAGCAACUCGCGCUCCACGCGUUCUGGCAGCACCAGCUCCAGGACAUUUCGCAGAUUGACCCGAAUGCGUUUGACUUUAAGACGCAUCAGCUGCCGCUCGCUCGGAUCAAGAAGAUCAUGAAGACGGACGAAGACGUGCGGAUGAUCAGUGCCGAGGCGCCCGUGCUCUUUGCCAAAGCCUGUGAGAUGUUUAUCCUCGAGCUCAGUCUCCGCGCGUGGAUCCACACGGAGGAGAACAAGCGCCGCACGUUGCAGCGCAAUGAUAUCGCUACGGCCAUCACCAAGACGGACGUGUUUGACUUUCUCAUUGACAUUGUCCCACGGGAUGAUAUCAAGCCGGCCAAGAAGGGACCAGUGGAUCCUCAAGCAGUCUACCAGCAGCAGCUCCAGCAGCAACAAGCUGCGAUGCUGCAACAACUGUUGCAGACGCAGCAGAGUGGGGCCGUGGCCGGCGGCAUGCAAUGGCCGACUCAGCAGUUACAGCAGCAGAUGUUGCAGCAGUACCAGCGGAUGCAGAGUAUGCAGCAAAACGCAACGGAUGCUACCGGUGGGCCGACGACGCCGUCGAAUGGAGUGUUGCCCAACUUGUCGCCGUCAGAAAGCGACGCGACUGGCCAAUCCGAAGCAAACACGACUCCGGGAGACUCGACGUCGACGUCUGACCAGCUCUCGUUGAACCAACGUAGCGUCGAUGUAUAA